GUGAGGUGAGUGUGCUGUAUGUAUGUGUUUGAGUGUGGUGUGUUAUAUAUGUGAGUAUGUGUGUCGUGCCCAUACAGUGAGUGUGUGGCAUAAUCGGCAAACGUGUGGGCCCCACCCCGCCUCCGCCCGCGAAUGCCAUUGCAGGCAGGUCAUGGUGGCCCUCGUAAGCAUACUGACCACCUGAUAGAUAGACAGAGAUGGAUGAAUAACAAACAAAGAGACAGACAGGUGCAUCGCAUCCAUCAUGUCAUGAAUGAUGGAUGGAUGACGAGGGGAGGUGUGUCUUUAUUUACCGCACCGCAUGUGUAAAGACACUUACUUACAGCAAAUGGUCGCAGCCCCAUUUCGAAAUGAAUGCCUGCCCUUACCACUAUAGGCCUCGCAGCGCCAUAGCCCACCCUCUGCACACCACAACACAACACAACACACAUGCAGACAUACAUACCCCCACACAGACACAGACACACAGCGCAUCUCUCGCCUGCUGCCAUCACUCCCCCUCUCUCUCUCCCCGUCACUUACGGCAUAAGGAUAUGGAUAGCGCGGCACGUCACUUGGAAGAGGGUUGGGAUGCGGCUGGUCCCAGGGCGUCGGCCAGAUGACUGGCGGGGGGAAGGCCGGCCCAAUCGCCUCAUACGGCACCGCUGCAGCAGCAGCCGUGGGGCUGGCCAGCGAUGAGUCGGUGAACACGCUGCCGUGGGGAAGCUGGCGUCGAGUGGUCCUGCAGCGUGUAGUUGUUGAAGGGCAGUGGGUGGGGGGGAGAGACUAUGGUCGCCGGGGAACCGAGUACCGACACACGCCUGAAACAGCACAUGCAGCAAGCCAUGAGUGAUGGAGGGCGACGUAUGUGUGUGUUGGCCAUUCCCUCCCUCCUCUCUCUCUCUCUCUCUCUCUCCCUCUGUCUGUCUGUCUGUCUCUCUCUCUAUCUGUCUGUCUCCAUCACCCACCUUGGAAGGAUCCGCUCAUCCACUGGCCCACGCCCAUCUGCUGGAAGUCUUCAUCGCAUGCCUCAUCGACAUCGCGACAUCCCAAUCCCCCCGCCCAACUGGUGAAUGCAGCAGCGUCACCACCCAGGCGACUCCCACUCGCCGCUGUCGGUCCUUCUCGAAGCUCCGCCUGACCUCCCUGCCAGUGGUGGUGCUGCUGCCGUUGUGGGUCAAACCGCAUCGCCGUGUGCUGGUGGUGCAUGCUUCUCAAGGCCAU